ACAAGUUCAAAGCAAACCAAGCGACAAUUUUGUCUCUGUGGGCUACCGCAUCAAGUAUCUCACGACUACUGUAACAUUUCUUCUUUUUGAUUUUGGAUCUUUCGGUGUGGCAACAUUUCUUGCUUUAUGUUUUUGCCUUCAAAAAAUGCGAUCCAUUUGAUUUGCAUGAAACUAAAUAAAGGUAUUGAUUCAGUGCAGAAAUGGCGAACAUAGAUAUUGAGGGGAUUUUGAAGGAGCUUCCAAAUGAUGGGCGUGUCCCAAAAACCAAGAUUGUAUGCACUCUGGGUCCUGCUUCAAGAUCUCUACCAAUGAUUGAGAAGCUUCUCCGGGCUGGCAUGAAUGUUGCCCGCUUCAAUUUCUCUCAUGGAACCCACGAGUACCAUCAGGAAACUUUGAACAAUCUCAGGACCGCCAUGCACAAUACCCAGAUCCUCUGCGCCGUUAUGCUUGAUACCAAGGGACCAGAGAUUCGAAGUGGGUUUCUAAAGGAUGGAAAACCUAUUCAACUUAAGGAGGGUCACGAAAUUACUGUCACGACUGAUUAUAGCAUAAAGGGUGAUCAAGAGAUGAUAUCCAUGAGCUACAAAAAGCUGCCUCUGGAUGUGAAGCCUGGAAAUACCAUCCUUUGUUCGGAUGGAACCAUCACCCUCACCGUCUUAUCUUGUGAUCCGGCUGCUGGAACCGUGAGAUGCCGCUGUGAAAAUACUGCAAUGCUGGGUGAAAGGAAAAAUGUCAAUCUUCCUGGUGUCGUGGUGGAUCUCCCUACUCUGACGGAGAAGGACAAGGAAGACAUUCUGGAAUGGGGUGUUCCCAACAAUAUUGAUAUGAUUGCUCUUUCUUUUGUUCGCAAGGGAUCAGAUCUUGUUAAUGUUCGCAAGGUCCUUGGGCCUCAUGCCAAGAAUAUAAAGUUAAUGUCAAAGGUUGAGAACCAAGAGGGAGUUAUCAACUUUGAUGAGAUCUUGCGUGAAACUGAUGCAUUUAUGGUUGCCCGUGGUGAUCUUGGAAUGGAGAUUCCAGUGGAGAAGAUUUUCCUGGCACAGAAGAUGAUGAUAUACAAAUGCAAUAUUGUGGGCAAGCCUGUGGUGACUGCAACUCAGAUGCUUGAAUCCAUGAUCAAGUGUCCCAGACCUACCCGUGCUGAAGCUACUGAUGUUGCUAAUGCUGUCUUGGAUGGCACUGAUUGUGUCAUGCUUAGUGGUGAAAGUGCUGCUGGAGCCUAUCCGGAGCUUGCCGUGAAGAUUAUGGCUCGAAUUUGUGUUGAGGCAGAAUCCUCCCUAGACUACGGGACUAUCUUUAAGGAGAUGAUACGAUUGACUCCACUUCCUAUGAGCCCAUUGGAAAGUCUUGCAUCUUCUGCUGUCCGAACAGCUAACAAAGCCAAAGCAAAGCUCAUUGUUGUGCUGACUCGUGGUGGUUCCACGGCCAAGUUGGUCGCGAAGUACAGACCAGCAGUUCCCAUCCUAUCUGUAGUUGUCCCAGUGUUGACAACGGACUCAUUUGAUUGGAGCUGCAGUGAUGAGGCCCCUGCAAGGCAUAGUCUGAUAUACAGGGGCUUGAUUCCUAUUAUGGCAGAAGGUUCUGCGAAGGCCACUGAUGCCGAAUCAACUAAGGCUAUUCUGGAAGCUGCUUUGAAGUCGGCAAAUGAGAAGGGGUUGUGCAAGCCUGGUGAUGCUGUUGUUGCACUUCAUCGUAUUGGAGCUGCCUUUGUUUUGAAGAUCUGCAUGGUGAAGUAAUAGAAGAGUGCCUAAUGUGCAUUGAUUAGCUUCUAAAUUCCAUCAGCUUUUAAUUUUCAUUUUGGUGUUGUCUCUUGAAGACUUGUAGUAUUUUUGCCUCAUUAGAUGGUGGAAUGAACUCUUUGAGAAGUUUUUCUCGACGUUGUUAGUGUCAACAAACAAUUCAAAAUGCCUGUUUCUUUGUAGAACAGAUCUGGGUUAAUUGUUUGGAUAUGUAUCUGGUAAACAUAAUUCCAUAUUUCUAAACUCAUCUGAGACUAAUAUUUGUGAGA